AUGAUCAAUAUUCAAUGUUUGAAUGUAUUUACUCUUUUCUCAAACUCCACAUUUGAUUUUCAGUGUAUCAUUCAUCCGACAGCACAUCGUGGAAAUAUAAAUACUGCAGUGAAAUUAAAUUAUCUAAGUUGGAUUACAGCAUUUCUAUUGGCUAGUCCACUUGUCUAUUUUUCACGUAUCACACAAUUGAAUCAUUUACAAUGUACUGAAAAAGCUGAUAAUCCUACUGUACAAAAAUUCAAAGUAUUUUAUUCAUUCGCUGCAUUAAUUAUACAAUAUAUGACACCAUUAGUCAUUGUAACCAUUGUAUAUUAUCGUAUUUGUUUAAGUAUACGUGAUCGUAAAUUGCGCGCCAUACAAAAAAUGUGCCUAUCACAAAUGGUACGAACACAAAUUGAUCAUCAAAAUGAUAAAGAUGUUGAAUAUGUGUUGAAUGAAAAUGGCACAAUAAUUCCCGAUGUUAAAACACACACUAAUCUCGAUGAAAAUACUAAUCAUGUCUGUUGUUUAAAUCAUUCAAAUUCUCCAGAUAUUGAUCAGAAUCAUACUAAUAAAUCAGUUCAGAAACGAGAUCUUAUUGUAUCGCCUAUUCGAAGAACAUCAGUAACAUCACAAAAAGAGGCGAUCGAUCGUAGACAUCGUAAAGCAAUUAUUUUAUCCACAGUAAUUGCUAUCAUAUUUUGUUUAAGUUGGCUACCAAUAAACACAUUGAAUGUGAUUAGUGAUAUACGUGAAUUAGUUAUUGUCACUAGUAUUGAUGUAGCAAUAAAAAAUUUGAAAAAUACCGAAUUCGAUGAACUUUAUCAGUUGAACAACAAUGAUACAUUGAACAUUGUUGAUACAAGCGUUACAGAUUCAAUAGUUCAAUAUUCAACAACAAGUUUAAAAGCAAUUAAUAAAAUUAUGAGUAUUGAAGCAAAUAAUAUUGAUGCAAUCACUGUGAUUAUUACACAAGCAUUAUGUUUAUUGUUAAUCUUGAGUUCAGCAUGUUUAAAUCCAAUUCUAUAUGGUUGGUUAAAUAAAACAUUUCGUAUGGAAUUUUAUCAAGUACUACGUAUUCAUACAUCAGCACCUGGAUUACAAACAAUCAAAUCAUCAAAUAAAAAUAUUUCAUUAGAUUUAAUUAGUUUAAAUAAAAAUAAUGAAAUUGAACAAGAUAAUAUUAAUAAUAAUAAUAAUAAUAAUCAUUGUAAUACUAUAACAAAUGACAAUUCAUUAAAUCCAACAACAAUCGAAUUACAUCAUCCACAUUGUCAACAUUGUCAAUUAUCAACAGAUCAUCCAAUGAAUCGAGUAAGAUUUGAAACAAGAUCAUUGACGCCACCCACACAAGAUUCAUGUACAUUAUUUUCUUUAUUCACAUCAAGGUCGAUUGAAUUGAAUUCGGCGCCAAAUUCAUUUCACAGUGGUAGUAUAAGUAAUACUACUCCUGUUCAAAAUUCAAUGACUAACAGUAAUUACGGUAUGAAUAUCAAUAUUACUAAUAACAAUAAUAAUAAUAAUAAUAAUGAAUUAUUCGAUAAAACAUCACAAACAUUAAUGAAAUAUUUUCAAUCAAAAACAGAAGAAGAGAAAAUUUCUCAACCAGCAAAUCAUGAUCAAGAGAUUGGCUAUCAGAAAUCAUUUCAACAACAAAAUCCAAUGCGAAGUGAAUUAGUCAGUGAGAAUCCAACUACUCCGGUCAAUAAACCGGUGAACAGUAGUGAAUUAAGAAAAUAUCUUCUAUUGAAUAUGAAUGACAGUGUUGUUGAUGUGGUGGAUGACGAUGAUGAAUGUGAUGUGAUUCCAGAGACGGAUAGUAGUAGUGAUCAGACAAAUUUGACAAAUCUUCGAUAUUUACCAGAUAUCACAUCGGUUUAAUUCAAAGUAAAUAAGCAAACAAACAGAGAGAGAGAGAGAGAG